UGUUUGUCCUUUACUAUAACGAAAGACUUAAUGCAUCACUGCAACUAAGCAUAAUUCAUAGUUUGUCGUUAUAUCUUACAUUCUUUCAGCAAUUGUUAAAUGUCUGCAGCGCUGCGCAAAUCAUCAUUGAAAAAUAAACGUCAAAAAAAGAGGAUUGUUUAUAUCGAUGAAAAUGCUCCGAAACGGCCUCGUACCGCAUAUGUUCACUUCGUUAAUGCACGAAGAAAGGAAUUAGUGGACUCUGGUAGCCAUGAGGUAUUACGCCAGCGUAGUUUCCUUGCAGACAUUGGGAAGCAAUGGAAAAUUUUGCCGGAUGACCAAAAGAAGUUUUAUUUCGACAAAUCAGCAAAGGAACAUGCAGACUAUGAGAAAGCUAUGGAAGAAUACAAAAAAACAGAAGCUUAUAAUCAGUUCCAAGUUAGAAAGGAAGGAUUGAUGAAGCAAAGAAUGCUGGAAUUGAAAAGGCGCAAAAACGACGUGAAGUCCGAUGAUGAUGAAGAAGACAAAAAUGAAGCAAUUGUUGCGGGUGACAUCCCAAUAUUCAGCAAGGAAUUUCUUGCCUACAAUAAAAGUCAGGAAAGUAAAUGCAAAAAGUUGCGAAAAAUGGUGAGUGCUCUCCAGGAAGAAAAAGAUCUCCUUAAAGCUGACAUUGCAAAGUUGUCAGAGAGAAUGAAAUUAAUAAAUGGACAGCAACCCGGAGCAGUUCACUGGUCAACGAAAAUAAAACAACGAUGGACAAAGUUAUUGAUCGACGCUCUUGCAUAUGUAUCUGUUGAUGGAGAAUAUCCAACCGCACAGAACAUCGAUACAUAUAUGAAGAAAUUAAAGCAAUUGGUUGCUGAGAACCCAAGCAGCAAGGACUUAAUAGCGGUGCGAAUGGCUUUGUCGGAAGUGAAUUUCACGUGAAUUUCUGUUUCUUAAUGUCAGUUAUAUGUUUUGUUAUUAGUGUAUAUAAAGUGUAUAUUUCGGUGGAAUGAAGUCGAUUUUUCGACUCAUUUCCUAAUUUCUGAAAUAUGAUUGGACGCGAUAGCGGGACUUCUUCCUUAAUUAUGUUUUACUAAUUGAUCUGUGAUAUGCGUGAUAUAUGCGGCGUUUUUCCUCUCACAUUAUGUGCAUUGCUUUUUUAUAUAAAGA